GUCCUUCUACUUUUUCUACCUAGUUGUUAUGCGAUUAAGCUUACAUUCGUCCCACUCCAAAGCCAAUUGAUAUUUAAACCGUGCAUUAUAUUAUCUGUGCAUACUGGAAAUAAGAGAAAAUACCUCGUCGACAAUCGCAAACACAUAAGCAAUGGCUAAGAGUCGGACGAAAAAGCGCACUCAUGUCGGCGCCAGCAAUCCUAAACACAAGGCCCCUCUAACAGGUCGCUCCGCUAUUGAAGAUCCCAAGAGUAUGGUCAUUCGGAUCGGUGCCGGUGAGGUUGGUUCCAGCGUCAGUCAAUUAGCAAGAGAUGUGCGCCAGGUUAUGGAGCCUGGCACGGCUACCCGUUUGAAAGAGCGUCGCGCAAACCAUUUAAGAGACUAUGUAACUAUGACUGGUCCGCUCGGCGUCACUCACCUACUCUUAUUCUCGAGAUCCGAGUCUGGAAAUACGAAUCUGCGUAUAGCGACAACCCCUCGUGGCCCUACCUUACAUUUCCGUGUCGAGAAAUACUCUCUCUGCAAAGAUGUACGCAAGGCGCAAAGACACCCGAGAGGCGGAGGCAAGGAGUAUAUCACACCCCCAUUAUUAAUCAUGAACAACAUCUCCACGCCAGGCGCAGAUGCCAACUCUAAAGUCCCUAAGCACCUCGAGACGCUUACUACUACCGUAUUUCAGUCGCUUUUUCCUCGCAUAAACCCACAGACUACACCUUUGAAGUCGAUAAAAAGAGUCCUGCUCUUAAAUAGGGAACCUGCUACGGACAACGAUGAUGGGUCUUUUGUGCUUAACUUCCGACAUUACGCCAUAUCUACCAAGCCCGCUGGAGUGUCCAAACAGCUCCGUAGGCUUGAUGCCGCCGAGAAGCUCCUUAGCUCCAAGAGUCGGAAAGGUGGCGUCCCGAAUUUAGGGAAGCUGGAGGAUAUCUCCGAAUACAUGAUAGGAGGUGAAAAUGGCGAGGGUUACAUGACGGACGGCACCAGCGGAAGUGAAAUGGACACGGAUGCUGAGGUUGAAGUUUUAGAGGAUGCGCCGCGCAGAGUGCUUUCUAGCAAGGCCCGUGCAGCCAAGUUAGAGAGUGGAGAUAACCCUACAGAAAGCGACGAAAGGGUAGAGCGGAGGCGCGUCACCCUUGUCGAACUCGGGCCUCGUAUGAAAUUGCGCAUGACCAAGGUCGAAGAGGGUCUGUGCUCUGGAAAGACGAUGUGGCAUGAGCACAUCCACAAGUCAAGACAGGAGAUACAGGAUCUCGAACAGCGAUGGGAGAAGCGCAGAGCAGAGAAGGAAGCAAGGAGAAAGCAGCAAAAGGCCAAUGUGGAGAAGAAAAAGAAGGAGCGCGAAGCAAACGGCAGCAAGAACAAAAAGGAUGGAGCAGAUGGGGAUGAGGAAGAAGAAGAGGACGACGACGACGUUAAGAUGAAUGGUUAUAACAGUGAUCUAUUCGACGAGAUGAUGGAGGAGGAUGAGCUAGAUAGCGAAGGAUUGGCGGGAGACGCCGAAGAAGCACUCAGGGAGCAGAUGGAUGAUGACGAAUGGGAAGAUGAGAGGGAAGAGAUUGCGGACGAAAACUAAUCAUUCGUACGUCUUUUUCAGGGGUACGAAAAUUGACAGUCACGGCGUCUGGCGCAUUAUACCUAGGUACCUACGCUUAGUACGUAAUAUCAUGUCUAAAGGAUGGUUUCUCGGUUUAUACCUUGGGUGCGAAAAGUGACGCCGAAUACAAGCGAUUGUGUAUAGAGUCAAUGGUCGAAGUGAUCUGAAUUAGAAGAUGGGUGACUUAGGUACCUAGGUCGCAGGUCUCAGUGAUAAUCUCUAUGUAGUAGUAGUACUGUCUCUUGUAGCUAUUUUCUCGGAAAUUGGUUAGUUUAGGAACUUAGUGGAUUAAGAUAAGCUACAGUUCACUGAGUAAUAUGUAUACGUCGUGCAAUACCGGAC